CGACGUCGUUUUCCACCAUCGCAUUAUUGGUUCAGCUUGUGAUCCGAUCCGGUCCGAUCGACAAAAAUUUCAAAAUCGAGCAUUCGUCACCGUAGGAAACUGCAGUAGGUUUUCUGGUGAUAUUCUUCAGCUCUAGGUUUCGUAGCAACUCCGUUUUGUCCUCCCUUUGUAUGCGAUUGUCUCUCCGAUUUAUGGAAGUGAUGAUCCCCAGUUCAAACAGGAGAUGGAGAAGCAGUUUGUGAGAAGUUUCAGAAGAGCAUAGUCACUCAUCACAUGAAUUUUACAUUGGCCGAACCUAAAAAGGUUGCUUUACAGUAGUACCAAAAGGAGGCUGACAAGUGUAGAGAGCUCAAGCAUUGUUGCUCAAAGAGGGGAAGGUCACUUCUUUGUGGGUAGCAGAGGGCUCGGCAAUUAGGUUUGGAAAGAUGUUAGGAAACAUGAGAAUGUGUGAAGGGGGACAAGUGCAGAGAAGAGACAAAACUGGAGAAAGUCAAAAAACGCAAUAAGGUUGACAUAAUGCAGCAUAUGAUAGCUCCAGGCAUUAUUCUAAUGCUCACAUGGACAGAUUCCAUAAAGCUUUUUUUUUUAUAAACGCUUUGGAUCUACCAUUAAAGAACAGAUCUCGGUUCAGUGACUUCUGCAAACCGUCCAAAACCCAUUUCCAUGAACAAGCGUGGAUACGAAUGCAGUCAAGAGGAUGCAGACAACUUGGCAGAAUCGAAGAGACAAAAAGUGCCUGCUUUGGCAAGUGUUAUUGUGGAAGCCGUCAAGGUAGAUAGUCUGCAGAGGCUUUGCUCGUCUUUGGAGCCACUGUUUCGCAGAAUCGUUAGCGAAGAGGUGGAACGAGCCUUGUCAAAGUUGGGAAAUUCAAAAUUAACGUCGAGGUCACCAGAACCUAAGAGGAUCCAAGGCCGCGAUGGAAGAAACCUUCAACUUCACUUCAAGACGCGGAUGCCUCCUCACUUAUUCACAGGUGGGAAAGUCGAGGGAGAGCGAGGCUCAUCCAUUCACGUGGUUCUUAUCGAUGCAAACACUGGGAAUGUAGUCCAAACAGGAGAAGAGUCGGCUUCGAAGCUCAGUGUUGUAGUGCUGGAGGGAGACUUCAACGAUGAGGACGAUGAAGAUUGGACGAGAGAGCACUUUGAGAGCUUUGAAGUGAAAGAGCGAGAAGGGAAACGCCCGAUCUUGACCGGUGACACGCAGGUGAUGCUGAAAGAAGGUGUGGGAACUUUAGGAGACCUUACGUUUACCGACAACUCGAGCUGGAUUAGGAGCCGAAAGUUUAGGCUUGGUGUUAAGGCCGCUCCAGGGUAUGGUGAUAGCUUUCGCUUUCGUGAAGCCAAAACAGAACCUUUUGCUGUCAAAGAUCAUAGAGGAGAAUUAUACAAGAAACAUUAUCCACCGGCUUUACAUGAUGAAGUCUGGAGACUGGAUAGAAUAGCGAAAGACGGAGUGCUACACAAGAAGCUACUGAAAGCUAACAUCGUGACAGUCGAAGACUUCCUUCGACUCCUUGUUAAGGAUCCACAGAAGCUGAGAAAUUUGCUAGGGAGUGGAAUGUCGAAUAGAAUGUGGGAGAACACUAUGGAGCACGCAAAGACAUGCGUGUUGGGUGGGAAGCUUUAUGUGUUUUACACGGAUCAGACUCACGCUACAGGCGUUGUCUUCAAUCAUAUCUAUGAGUUCCGUGGCCUUAUUGCAAACGGACAGUUCUUAUCUCUGGAGUCUCUUAACCAUGACCAAAAGAUCUCUGCAGACAUUCUGGUGAAAAUAGCUUAUGAGAACUGGCAUAAAGCUGUUGAAUACGACGGUAAGCUGUUGAAUUGCUUACCAGUGGCCGAGAAGGAGAUUAAAGGCUUACCAGAACCAAAAAUGACCACAGCGCCACCAACAACAGCUCAGAACCAUCAGCAGCAGAUGCAUAACCAGAACAAUAGACAAACUGUGCAGUGUCAUCAGAAUGUUAUACCCUAUUCUCAGCCGAUUGAGUAUCCUCAGUUUGUGCAGCAACAUUGCAGCCAGUUAUUACCCUCGUUACCUAGCAACGUACAAGACUACAACAGUAGGCCAAUGGAAAGUUCCAACGCAUACAACGGAGAAGACUGGUGUCGACCAAGAGCUGGACAGGGUCUUGAAGACAUUUUCAGUGAAGAGAUCAGACUAAGGAGUUCUGAGAUGCUUGAGACGGACGAUAUGCAGAGACUGUUGAAGACUUUUGGGAUCGGUAUGAACACUAUGGGAACACAAGGCGGGUUUGGUCAGACGGAUGAGUCUUGCUACGGUUACAGUAUGCCGUACCAAGCUCAGAUCGAUAACACGUACAGGAGAGAGCGUAAUAGAGGGUCGGGAAAAGCUGUGGUGGGAUGGCUUAAGCUCAAAGCUGCUUUGAGAUGGGGUAUCUUCAUACGCAAGAAAGCUGCAGAGAGGAAGCCUCAGAUUGUGGAGAUUGAAUGAAAAAAAAAAAAAAAGAGAAGUCUUUUAGUUUUUCUUUGAUGACAUUUCGUUUUCAGUAAAAAGCUUUGAAGACGGCUUUCUAUAAACACGAGAAAGAACAAUGAGUAGAAAAGAGUGGACUUUGUUUUGUAUUGUAAUGCUUUUUUUUUUGUUUGUUUAUCAUCGUUUUUAUGUUAAUUUUAUUAACAAUUUACUCG